GAAUGGGUAUUAAAGACGGAGAGCAGCUCAACCUGCCCCUGUAGGAACAGCACAAUGUGAGCGUCUUACAGCAAGCUGUCAACGGAGGAUUGCAUUUCGGUAGUGAUAUAUUUGGGUGAAGCGAAAAGAGAGAAGGGUGAUCACAAAAAUGCUGGCGUGAGCCUUGGACGUUUGUGAGGAGCUGAGAUGAUAUCUGGGAGUGCACAUGUCCAUGCUAUGUUUCUUGUGCAGUUUGUGGAGGACACAAGCAACGGAGAGGCAGAGAAGAGGAUGUGUCAACACAGUAAAGGGAAACACAUUGUGAAGCAGAGGAAGUGAUGUCUGAGGUUGAAACUGUGCUCUGCUAGCUUCACACGUCUGCACGUCAUCGCUGGCUUGUACACACACACACACACACACACACACAGAGCCCCGCAGACCUCAGCUGAGGAUGUGCACUAGAUGAAGACAGACAGAGGACAUGGAGAGGAAGGACACGAGGGAAUGAGCGCAGAAAAUCAUUUCAAAAGGAAUACAGUGGAGGAUGCAGCCGGGGUCUCUGAAGGGCACAGAGCUUGUGGUCAGCCGUGAACAGAGAGUCACAACGAGGCGUACCUGACUGGGAAUCCAAUUUCAGUCAGUCCACAUGCAAUUAAAGUCAUUCUGGAUGCUUCAUAUAACAGUAAUGAUGAGAGUAAUCCUGUAUGUUAGAACUUAAGAUGUUUACAGAGAGAUUGAAAUCAUCUCUGGAGCCUGUGCAGCUGUUAUUUUAUUCCAAGGCAGAAGGUUGCGCUCAGCAUUCGGAAUAUUUUAGUGGAUGAGGAAUUCAUUGACCGGAGCUCUACUGGCAGCGCUGGGGAUUUUUAUUGUUCAUGGCUAGAACAGAAACAUUUAUGUUGGUCACUUGAGUUCCCCAAAAACUCCUUAUUCACACAGAUGCAGUUCUUUGGUGGCGAGGUGUAACAAAAGGGGCAAGGGCAACUGAAAAGCGAGAACUUCCCACAUCUUCAAAUCAUGCAAUCAGACGAUCUCUUCAUCCGCAAGUUCCGCAGGCAGAGCCCACGCCCGACACUAGCGAGAGUGAACUUUGACCCUAAGCAGGAUGGUGGUAGUGUACGUACACGAGUCCUGGCAGAAUGGCCCCCUAGGAGAGAGGGAGAGGGAACAAACAGCGAGACUGUCUCCCCCAGCGCAGCUGCACUGAAUCUGAGGACAGUAGGUCGUGGACACAUAAUGCAGCGCAGCAACAGUGAUGUCACCCUUGGAGAUAUGGAUUCAGCGGGGCAAGUCGGGAGAAAGUUGCUACGAGUAGGGGGCGACAAAUCUGGGACUGGGGGGCAGGGCGAGUUCCUCCACCGAGAGUACGGUAGCCUGUCCUCGCUAGAAAGACAAACCCAGAUUGUAGACCCCGGUUCGGAAGAUCAAGGUGUUCUCAGUCCCAGUGCCUUGCGCUUCAGAGAUCCGUUUGUUCUGCUGGGUCUGCAAGAGGCACCUCCUGAGGUGGACGGCGUGUAUCAAGGAAACUGUGCUCCAGCCGCAGACACAUCAAAACCAGUCAAGCCCCCAAAACCAGAGGGGCUUGGUAAGAAGGCUAAAUCGUCCCCUCCGCAGGCCCCUCAGUUUUCCUGUGACCAAGUCCCAGGUGGUGCUUGGGUGCGCAAUUUUGCACACUAUGACGUACAGAGCAUCCUCUUUGACCUGUCGGAGGCUGCGACCAAUCGGGACAGCAUCGGGCGCAAGAAAAACAUCACGUCCGGAGCGUCAGCUGCCUCUCAGCUCCGUCCGCUUUCACAAUCCACACCUUCCUCAGUUUCUCAGGGCAGCUUGGGAAGUGGGACUGGCUCGGAAGAUUUAGAGCAGUCCUUGCUCGAUGAAGGAGAUGGGAACGAUAAUGAUCUCCUGCUCAGCUGUCCUCACUUUCGAAAUGAGAUGGGUGGCGAGGAGAGUGUGGGGCUCUGCCUGCCACGGGCCGCCAGGCACAGGUGGAGGAGUCUUCAGAGUCCCAACAAUGCUGUGUCCGUGUUAGAGGAGCCCAGAGAAAGCCAUGUCCAGGCACAGGGGAAAAGUAACUACUUCAUAGAGCAUGCAGACCUUGGAGCUCGAUACUAUCACAAGUACUUUUACAUGAAAGACCAUCAGAAUUUCUUUGGCAUGGACGAGCGUUUGGGGCCGGUGGCCGUCAGUUUCCGCAGGGAGGAAAAGGAGGGAUCAAGUGGGUCCCAGUACAACUACAGAAUCAUUUUCAGGACCACUGAACUGAAGACCCUGAGAGGUUCGAUCCUGGAGGAGUCUGUUCCCUCCGCAGCGCGCCACACCACGCCACGCGGCCUUUCACCCAAGAGACUGCUGGAGUUUAUUUUGCCCGAUCUCAACCUACAUUGCCUCAGACUAGCCUCAACAUCCCCUAAAGUCAGAGACACGCUCCUCAAACUGGAUGAGCAGGGGUUGAAUUUCCAGCAUAAGGUGGGCAUUAUGUACUGCAGAGCAGGACAGAGUACUGAAGAGGACAUGUAUAACAAUGAGAGCGCCGGACCAGAGUUCGAUGAGUUUCUGGACCUUCUUGGAGAGCGAGUACGACUCAAGGGCUGGGAGAAAUACAGAGCUCAACUAGACACCAAAACUGACUCCACUGGUACACACUCACUGUAUACUCGCUACCAGGAUUACGAGGUUAUGUUCCAUGUUUCCACCAUGCUUCCAUACACAGCCAACAAUACACAACAGUUACUGAGGAAGAGACACAUAGGGAAUGAUAUCAUCACUAUAGUCUUCCAGGAGCCAGGUGCUUUACCCUUCACCCCCAAAGCCAUCCGUUCUCACUUUCAGCAUGUGUUCAUCAUUGUCCGAGUACAUGAGCCCUGCACCGAAAACACCUAUUACAGAGUUGCAGUAACUCGUUCCAAGGACAUCCCUCUCUUUGGUCCUCUCUUCCCUAAAGGUGCACGCUUCCCACGUUCUCCUGCCUUCCGGGACUUUCUCCUCGCCAAAGCCAUUAAUGCAGAGAAUGCGGCAGAGAAAUCAGAGAAAUUUCGCUCUAUGGCCACACGUACGAGACAGGAGUACCUGAAAGACCUGGCGGAGAACUACGUCACCACAACGCCCAUUGAUUCUUCCACCAAAUUCCCCCUGCUGUCGCUGGGUGGGAAGCGCAAAGAGAAGCUGAAGGGAGCGAAAGGUGCGGAGCUCCACAGCGCAGGAGCUUUAGUGUGGGCCGUCACCGUCGUUCAGGGUGGCGAGAACAACGGUCUGAGCCUGUCCUGUCUGCUCGGUGUGUCAGCGGAGUCGGUCGUGCUAAUAGAGCGAUCCACGCGAACCGUCAUAUUCAACUGCAGCUGCCGCGAUGUGAUCGGCUGGAAGGCCGUGACUGAGUCUGGAGCUCAGGGGGGCCCUUCCCUGGACAUCUUCUACGAGAGAGGCGAGGCGAUUACUGUCACGAUGUCGGAAAGCCAAGUUGAGGAUAUAAAGGAGGUCGUCCAAAGGCUGGAGCUGGUGACUCGAGGCUGUGAGGCACGUGAGGUCAUUCCUCUGCGGGACGGCGUUGGCCAGCCGGGCUUCCUGAUGAGCGAGGAAGGAUUUGUAACAGAGCUCCAGCGGUUCGGAUACGCGGAGAGCGGUGGGCUGCAGAUGGGGGCUCGUGUGGUUCGUCUCUGUGGGCAGGUCCUGGUGCACCUCAGCCUGGAAGAGCGGAGCCGACUCCUCCGUACGGCUCAAAAGAUCCACAUCACAGUCAUACCUCCAGACGAGAACGGAAAACCACGCAGGAGUUUCUCUGAGCUUUACCAGAAGGCCAUCCAGGAUGCGGAGAGCAAAUCCGGAGAGGGACAGUCAGGCGAGGCCUGGGUUCUGGAUGACGAUGACGAUGAAGUUGAUGGCGGUGGAGGGGAGAAAGAGGAGAAGAAACAGAUUGAAAAUAAGAUGACAGACAGUGAAACUCUAAAGCAGGAGAUUGGAUUUCCAGAGCCCAUGGAAACUGAUUCGCUGCUCUCUCCACCCAGUCUGCCUCUCUUACGGGCCACUUCCCUGCAGGACAACAUGAAGAACCAGAGCCCUGAAGACACCCCCGUCUCUCUCACACGGAGCUACUCGCUAGAAGCACACGCUCCGUACCAGGACAUCAUCGAAGAGCAUGUGUAUGAUAACGUGGGGCAGAAAGCAAACAGGCACAUCUAUGAAAACCCUUCAGAGCUUUGGGGCGAGACCCCUGACCUCAUUCUGGCAGUCAAACCCAAAGUGCCUCUGGAGCAAGAGGAACAGUCUGUGUGUGAUCUGGGGCCUGAGGAGACGCCGUCGGUCAGUGAUGUGACCAUGAGGUCCUCCUGCAUGGAAAGUGCAGAAAGAAACUCCAGAGCCCUGAGCCUCCAUAACUCUAUCACCAAGAUUCUCUCAGAGACCACAGAUUCGUCUGAAGAAGAGUGGCAGUCGAUCUCUGAUCUGGCCAACGCCUGUCGGAACAUUCUGGAGGCUUUGUCUCGAGAAGACCGGAAGUCAGGAGAUGGAUCACAAGCAUCCCCAGACAACCAGUCAGGUCAGACAGACACCCGGUUUAAAGACGUCAAGGACAGUGACUCGCCUGGUCACCUUGAGGAGAAAGUGUCCCAGCUAGAAGCCAUGCUGAAGCGCCUGCAGGACGACCUCCAAAAGGAGAAAGAGGACAAGGCAAUGCUUCAAGCAGAGGUGCAAAGUCUCAGGCAGAACAACCAGCGCUUGCAGGAAGAGUCCCAGAGCACCGUGUCACGGCUCAUUAAAGUCACCGAACUGCUCUGCAACGUCAACAAACCCUGCUAGCAUCGAAGGCUAAACCAUGGCAGCAAGAAAGAUCAGAAGACGCAUGAAAAGGCCAAUGAAAAUGUUAGCAAAUCCCUAAAAAAUUUAUCUUAAGUGACAAGAACAUUGAUGAGCCUUACUAGAAAAAUGCACGAAAUGAACUGAUCAGCUAAGUUCAUUCUUACUCAAAUAAAUCUUACUAUUAGAGUCAUCUCGGUUGCACCCUAAAAGGUUUUCAGGGCUAGAUUUAACAUUGUCCCAUCACUGUGACAGCUCGUUAACAACGAUAGCCAGGUGCAAGAUCCGAUCUCGUAGAAAACUCUUAAUCAAAAUUGGCUAAAAGAGACUUUGGAAAACAUUUAGUGACAAUAAAUGUUCAAAAUCAUAUUAUCUUUAAAUAUUUUUCAUCCGAUUCUUAUAUAGUGACAUACAUGGUCCCAUCAAAAGAUUGUGUCCAGAUCCUGAGCAAUGCAUUCUAGAGAACUUAUUGGUGUUGAUAUAGGUGGCUUCAUGUACUUCAGUGUAUAUAUUAGAGGAAAAUUAUUAACAUGUCAGUGUAAUUGUAACCCUGUAUUAAACAUCACAGUAUCAGAAAUAGACAGAGCCCUUUUCUGUGCUGGCAGUUGGUUAAAAGCUUCUUGCUCAUCUCCAGAGUGAAUGUGCUAACGUUACAACACCACGAGCAAAAUCAUCAAAUUUGUGCAAUUUGUUUUUGUUUGUUUUUUUGCGACUACCCUUGUGAAAAAGAAGUGCACUUGAUUGUAUUGAAUGUGCACUUGUAGUGUACUUCAAAUCUUAAAAAAAGUACAUUUUUAAAAAACUUGAAUUGCAGAUAAUAUAAUAUUAAUGAAAUAAAAAGGUACUGUAAGAGACACUUUCUUGACUAUAUUUCUUAAUACACUUAAGUACACUUUUAAAAAGUUAUAAUAAAGUCAAUUUAAGUUUUCAUUUAAAGUAUAUUUUAAAUUAGUUUAAAUCAUUUUUGUCGUACUUUAAAGAAGUACGCUUAUUUUGAUGUGUUUAUUAAUAUACUAAAGCACAUGCAAAGCACUUAAUUAUAAUUUUAACCAUAGUGUGUUAUUCAGUAUUACAUUUAAAGUUAAUAAAUAUUAAAAGUCCUAAUUUACAGAUGCGUAAUAAAAAAAUAUAUCAGUUUCAUUAGAUAUUACGCAAUAUUUUAGUUUAUCAUAAAUGCUUGUCAGUACAUAUCAUCUGUACUAACAAAGACAAUAGAAUUAAGUUAGAAAUCCUACUUAAGUGGGUCGGAAAGGCACUGCUUUUUGCCUUUUUUUAUAAAUUAAUGGCAAUUGCAUUAAUUAUAAUAUAAAUUUAAACUAUUUUCAUUUAAUUGCAAUUAAUAAUUUAAUUAACAUUAAGACUUAAGUUUAUUUGUUUUAAGCGUAUGAUUUCUGUAAUAAUACUUUAUAAAAGUGUACGUCUUUUUCACAAGUGUACAAAAUGUGAGGCCAUGCAAAAUGACUUUCUGUGGUAAUUGGAUGUUUCUUGUUUUAGCACUGAAAAUUUUAGUUUAAAAUUAAUUCCUGCUUCAAAUGCACUGGAAUAAUUCACUGGACUUGUUUUGUAUAUUUUAUGAUUAUUACACAUACCCGGGGGGAUGCUAGUUUUCAGAUUAGCCUUUUCAGAGUUGAAGAACUGUCCAAUCGGAAAUAAGUAAUGGGACAAAGUGUAUGCCGCGAUUAUUAUUAUUAUUAUUUUUGAAUGAAGCCUGAUCCCACUGAAUCUGAACAGCUCUUGAUUUGCAAGGAAACGGAUCUUAGUGUUAAGUUACCAAGGAAAGAAUGACUUAAAAUAGAGCAUUUCUGUUUAUAAAGAUUGCAACCAAUUUGAUUCAAGUGUUCUCACAACGAUUAAAGAGACAAACCAGACCAGUUCUACUUUGUUCUCACACAAAUUUCCAAGAGUGCUUUAUGUUAAACUGUGAGACAGCACAUAUUUAUAAAACUGUCUUUUAUUUUCAUAUAUGCACCCAAAUAUCACUCUUUACCUCACCUAAAGGUGCACUGAUAAUGUGACGAGAAGAAGAGCAAAAUGACUGGACUCUUGCCUGCACACACACACACACCAAACAUGCCAGACUUGAGCACCACCGCAAAGGGAAACGAAAUGUUAAAUAACCAUCCUUCAGCAUUACUGUACAUCAUCCAUGUCCUCUCCCCUUCAAAUGCUUUUAUUUUAGAGUCACUGUGAUAACCCGGUACCAGCAGAUUCUGAUGUGUUACCAUGAAAUCUAUAUCUUUAUUCUUCUGUAGAGACAAAGUAAGUGUUACUUCCCUCUGAUGUGUGUAAAACGGAGUUUGCUGAUUAGUUGUUGCCAUUAGUGGAGAACGUGUUGAGUUUGAAGAAUGCAAGCGGACAGGAAGUACACUGAUGCAAUCGGGAAUGCAUUCUGUGGGAUUUACUUAGCUAAAGAGCAAUGUAAAAGAACUACUUCCUGUUUAUCUGUGUGCGACAUAGUCUUUUAGAUCGUAGGAGGCUGUGAACGAGCAAUUUCCAAGCCACCUUCUGUAUCUGUGUAUGUAUUUAUAAAAAUGUAAUAACUUAUUAAUCUUAAAAAAAUGUGGAUGUUAUUGCUAGAUAUGUAUAUUUGAACUGGAAGGGAUGCAAAUUUGUGAGCCAAUGAAUGUUUUAUUUUUUAUGUUAUUUUAAAUUGUAAUAAUAUUAAGGCAUGACAUGAUAGCAGGUGGCCAUAUUUUGUUUUACUGGAAUAAUAUCAAUCGUUAAGACAUUUUCCUGGGUGGAAAACUCCUGAAAUUACACUGGAAGGGAACUCAACCGUGGCUGCUUGGAAACUUAUGUAACAUUCCAUCUUUUCAUGUUCUUAAGAGUUUUAUCAUUAUUUGUUUUUGUUUUCAUUAUUAUCGUUAAAGCUGUAUUGUGAAUUUACCUUGUGUUCGAUGCUGAAAUGUUAACUCUUGACUGCUGUUGGUGACCCAAGUGGUUUUCUAGUUAAAAAUAACUUUCGUUGUUAUUUAUGGAUUGGAUCGGGACACUCCAUCAGCAAAACCUUUCUGAAAAAAAAGAAGAAGAAGAAAAAAAAAAUGAAUGCAUUUAGACUAAAUUACUUUCAAACACAUCUGUGAUUAAAUGUAUUUUAAAGGGACAGGUUUGUUAAUGUCAAACUAAUCCCUGUCUUUUCUAUGCUAUGAUGUUUUAUGAAGCCAUAAAUGCUUUUCGACAUAUAGUAAUGCUUUAUGUUACAGUUCAGUUUUACUGUUGUUUACAAGAUGUCGGUCCUUUUGUUUUAAAUGUGAUGCUUAUAUUAUGCACUGAAGCAUCUGUAAGGUCUUUUAAAGCACAUCCUGCUUUCUCUGGAACAAAGCCACAGUCAAAUUUAGCAAAUCAUGCAGAUGAACGGCCAAAUGUUGCAUCGUUUCACUACGACUGUGGCAUUUGCAGAUUGUGCAUUUUAAAAGCGUCUUACAGACAGUUCAAACCACUCCUAAGAAUGUGCAUUUUCCACUUUGUUAGCGAUCAUUCUUAGAUGUGUUGCUCUUUUUUAUGUCAUGUUGCUAGCCAUGUCAUGCCCGAGGACAGAUUUACAAAUUAAGCUUAGUCCCUGUUAGUACAGUAGCUACUGUUAUGUCAAUGACUGUUCUAAAUUGCCAAAUCUGCCAAUAAUAGCAUUGUAUCUUACCGAUCCCAUAAAUGAUCAGCUCCCAGAACAGAAUCAGUAGUUAGCAGGCACUUUUCAUAAAUAAGUAUUCUUACAUAAAACAAAAAACCACAGAUCCACACACUAUGCACACUGGUCUACGACAUCGGGAGAGAAUUAUGACAGGACCGACAGGAAUAAUCCAUCCAGUCAAAACACACUGAGAAAUGGUAUGGCGAUCACUGGAGCUGUACUCGUUUCUUUUAACUGAUAGGGAUUGAUCAUGUAAUGCAUCUGUGAAACUGAGGGAUCCUGGCAAUAAAAACUGAACUUGUUUCUGUAUGA